AGGGAAGGGGUAAACCGCCCUCCCAUAUAACUUCCUUAGCCCUUUCGCAGCCACCGUCACUUUCUCACAUCCGCUAGCUCCAGGAGCAUUAACGUUUUUGUUUGCACUUUUGCACCUUUUUAAGUUCCUUUGUGAAUCGUCCCCACACCGACCGACACAAUGGCUGAUGAUAUCCCUCCAGAGCAGAUGCAAGUUCUGCGCAAUGCCUUCAACGCGUUUGAUCGCGAAAAGAACGGCAGCAUCUCGGUGGACUUUGUGCCUGAAAUCCUGCGCCUCAUGGGUCAGCCGUUCAACCAGAAGACCCUGAACGAGUUGAUUGAGGAGGUGGACGCGGACAAGUCGGGUUUCCUUGAGUUUGACGAGUUCGUCACUUUGGCUGCCAAGUUCAUGAAUGAGGAGGACGAGGAGGAGAUGGAAAAGGAGCUGCGCGAAGCCUUCCGCCUCUACGACAAGGAGGGCAACGGCUACAUUCCGACAACAUGCCUGCGUGAAAUUCUGCGCGAACUGGACGACCAACUGACCAGUGACGAGCUGGACAUGAUGAUCGAAGAAAUCGACUCGGACGGUUCAGGCACUGUAGACUUUGAUGAAUUCAUGGAGAUGAUGACUGGUUAGAUUUUCCCGACCGACGCCGGCGAACUUUCGCACCGAAGCCGCAGUCUCUGCCGACGGAGAGGCCAUUUUUCGACGCGAAUUCCAUUCGAGCGGAAGCAAAUAACAAAAAUUUGUGCAUUUUCUUUUUCGAAGUUGAUCCAAAUUCAGCCGCCAAUAGAACGUCAAAGACUCUUCCCAAGCUUUUUUCGACAAUCAAGAGAGGUCGGAAGAAAAUGAAAGCACCCUUGUUUUUACUUUGUAUUGUGAAUAAUUUAAUUUUGUAUAAUUUAUCUUUGGUUAAUCUCGUGUAAUGUUUAGUUUUUCUGCCCAGGAGAAAUGGAAUAAACCAAACUUACAUUGAAAACCACAUAAAAA